AUGUUUGGUUUUGUGUAUUGGAACGACCCAGUUGCCCUAUUGACGGCCAGAGUGGCGACGCUGGAGGAGGCCGCAACGAACGUGGACGUCCCUACUCGCUUGGCUAAGAUCACGCAGUACGGAUUCAGACGCGAGGAAGAUUUUGACAAAUAUGAUGCUUUGUCCAUGGCGGAACAGCUGGCCACCGCGGCCAAGUCGGCGGCUCACGAGAAGGCCUCUUCGUAUGACGUGAUAGCUUGUACUCUGAGGGAGAAGCUGCCUGUCCCCAAGAAGCAGUUUAAGGCCUAUUUUCUAGCACUCCUGGCCGACAAGGAAUAUGCCAAGGUUUUGGAGGCGGUGAGCAAGGUGGACAAGACGUUUAAAAGCUCUUCAAGCCCGAGCGGAGGAUCUGCCGCCGCUGGAGCUCCCGCACAGCUGCCUACGCGUCCGGGACCUAGGAGACCCAGAGUAUACUGCUACGCCUGCGGCGCCCCRGGGCACAUCGCUUCGAGUUGUUAUAGGAGGUCCGCAGGCCGCGGCCCCUACCAGCGUGGUCCCAGGCCUUUAAUGCAACAUCCCUACGGAAAAUAGUCCCUUGGCCCGUCGCGUUAUGCCAGCCGCUUUGUGCAUUGCUGCUAUGAAAAUAAAAGUAAAGGAUUAUGGACAUGAAUUAUUUGUUGUAAUAAAGUGUUAUUAA